CUCAGGAGUUGGCGGAGCGUCCGGGACUCUCCCUGCACUUCACCUUCGUGUCGGCCUAAAAUGGACCACCGCCGCGCUGGCCCGAGCCCGGACGGACUCCGGGAGUGGACUUGCUGCUGGUAGCCCGUCAUUCCUCCGUUCACGACAGCAUGAUGGCUGAGAAGGAAGCAGAGGCUCCGGAAAAACUAGAGACAUUAUAGCCCGCCGUGACCGCCCCUCCGAACGGACUAUUUCUGUUUUCAACUUCCCUCCUUGUGGAUAAUGGAUGGCCGAGAUUUUGGACUUCCACGAUCCGUCCACGCUCCUCCGCCGCUGCUGGCGGGGCUCGGCUCGGGAGCCGCAGCCGCUAGGCUCGCUCCCUCGCCCGGACACUUGGGCGCGACUCACCCGCCUCCUCUCCACUCUGGAAAAUUCCUGCCGUCGGCCGUCGGCCUCCAUCCGCACCACAACGAUGCCUUCCCAGCAGGCUCCAGUCCCUUCCUGUCAAGUUAUCCAAGCUCCGCCCCCUUGGCCUCAGACUCCUCGUACAGAGCAGCCAAUCCCAGCAGUCUGCAGAUGGCCCAGCUCUGGGCCUCACAUGCCCAUGAAGGGUUCCCUCCAUUGCCAGGCAGCUUAUAUUCCAGUCCCUACCUUCCCCUGGGCCACCUCGACCCGCCCUCGCUCUCCCAGCACCCACUCUACGACGCUCACAAAGAGAACUUCUACCUGCCUGCCUCCAUCGCUCAGCCCCUCCACCCCCCCUCAGGGCCGCCCUCCACCCGCUCCAGUGGCACGCCGCCUCAGAGGACCAGCCGAGAGGCGGCGCGAGACCGACCAUACAGGGAGGAGAGGGAGCGUUCCAGAGAGAGCGUGGUGGAUCUGACGCAGGACGGAAGGAGUGAGGAGGAGCGGCGAGCGCGGAGCAGCGAGCGGGACUCUGAGAGAGAGUGGUCCCUGCACCCCCUCCCCCAACACAAGGAGCCCCGCUCCAGAGCCUCCUUUCCUCCCACGAGCAGGUUCCCGGGCGCCGAGUCGGAGGACGGCAGCUACAGACUCUCUGACAGACACCGGAGAACGGACUCGUCCGCCGGGACCCUCAACGUCCCGUAUGCCCUCCCCCCUCCACUCCCCCCCGCACACAGAGAGCAGAGAGUCAGCGCGCCUACGUAUGUGCCUUCAGUGGAGGUCUACGACGAGCGGAUCGGGCCCAUCCAGAUCGCCUCACAGGCCCGGGACCACAGACAUGGCGAGAAACACAGAGACGGCUACAGACUCUCUCAACCCAGCGACUCCAGCAAUCCACGGGAGGAGGGCUCUGUCAUAUGUAAGCAGAACCCGGACACGUCGUACCCCUCCAGUCAGUCACGAGUCAGUCCAGAGGUGCGGGACUUCUCCAAGCAGUCCCUCCGUCUGGGCCUGGAGCCAAAGUGGAACUACGCCACCAAUCACAUGGCAGCUCUCGCCGCACAGCACGGACACUCGGUCUCCUUGCCGACUCACCCGCAGGCUUCCCCCCACACGACACACCGGCCCAGCAGUACCGCGCAUAGCCAUUCCCCCCAAACACACCCCCCCCAGCGGGUGGAGGACAGCACCCAGAAACGCUACUUCACCCCGUCGUCACUUACCAGGUCAGAGCAGGGCGCACUCGCGGACAAAGCCGAGGUGUCGGCCAUGCAGAGCCUCAUCAAAUACAGCGGGAACUUUGCUGCCGAGGGCUCCUCCAGGCACGCGGCCGAGGCUCGCGGCUCUUUUGGGGGCCUCGGCAGCCUCGCCUCCGAUGCUGAGAAGGACAGGGAGAAGCUUGCGGCGGGGGCCAUGAGGAUUCCUCCCCAGCUGAAGAGGGAACAGGAGAGGCCCGACAGCGCUCGCUCCUUUGGCCGGGAAGGCGAGGGCGAGGUGCGCCACCCUCCUGUUGGGAUCGCUGUGGCCGUGGCCCGCCAGAGGGACAGCACCAGCACCAGCAAGCAGAGCAGCGGCCCCUCGGAGCCACAGCGGCCGCUGCUGCCAACGGCUGUCAAAGACGAGGAGCGGGCAGAGGAGCGGCGGCGUCAUCACCACGAAGACCGGCUGGUGGCCAGCCGACUGGAGCGUGAGGAGAAAGCUCUCAGGGGCUCCAAGGAGCUGGACUUCACACAGAUGCACCCUCCCCCGCUGUCAAGUGGCUUGACCCCCAGCAUGAUGACAACCAGCCUCAUGACCCACAACCUGAUGGUAACAGGAGGUGCAGGUCGCUGGCAUCCUGACCCCUCAACUCUGACCUCUCACCCCUGGAUACCCCGUCCUGGAGCUCCCCCGGUUUGGCUCCCGAGCUCCCCAUACAGCCUCAGCCCAUCCUCCCUUCAUCAGACCCUCCCCCCGGGCUACCCUCCAGCCCUGCCAGGAUCCAUACCCCCCUCCUACCAAUUUGCCAGGGACCCACAAUCUGGACAGAUAAUCGUCAUCCCAUCUGAGCACCUGCCGCACUACGGGAGCGACGUCCUGGACCGCGGUGCCCCGGUGUGGCCAGGGAUGUAUGGCUCCAGCAGCUCUCUGCAGCACGCGGCGCAGCUCCAACUCCUGUCUCAGCAGCAGAUGUUCCGGCAGCAAGAGCUGUUGAUGAUCCAGCAAGCUCAGGUGCUGGAACUGCAGAGGAACGCUCAGCUGGUGGAGCAUCUGAAGGCCAGCGAGCCACGCACCGAUCUGGACGACAAAGCAGACAAGCGGAACCUGGACCCCAAACCUCAGCCCUCCUCGAUAUCGUCUCCAUCUCCCUCACCCGUGCUGCACCCCCGCAAGUCCUCCGCUCCCUCACGCUCGCCCACUCCCUCCACCUCGUCGCUCACCCCACUGCCUCCACUCCACUCACCAGCGACCACCUUGAAGUCGGAAGAGGCAGGGUCGCAUGCUUCGCACCCACCGACGCCUCGGCUUCACCCUCCUUCCCCUCGGUCAGCCUCACCGCCGCCGUCCUCGCCACGUCGGCCCAAACAGGAGGCGGCUCGGGAGGGGGAGGGGGAGAGGAGGGAGCCCCGCCAGAAGCAGCACCCGGCAGCCUUUCCGGAGUCCUACCCGGACCUCCGUCCUGGUUACCCUUACCAGUCCAUCACAGCUCCUUUUGGAUCCUUCCCUCCUUAUCACAUGCCAGCAGCAGCAGCAGCAGCAGCAGCAGCAGCGAGCACCGACAUUGUCCCUCCUCUCCACCCUCUCUCUCUGGCUUCACCUCUGCCACCAGCUCGGCUCCAUUCACAGCAUCUGAAUACAGACGUCAAACCGCAGAAAGUGGAGCCAACGGCAGCAGCCUCUUACUUGAAGCGGGAACCUGGACUGGGGAACCAGGACCUGGGAUUGGCAACGGGACCUCUGGGCCCGCCGCGCCUGAGCUGCAGUCCUGUGCGAGCAGUGGAGGAGGUGGCGAGUGUGGCGCAUCAGCCGCUUCACCUGCGUGUCCCGGCCACGCCGCCACCACGAGACCAGAGGUCGGAGGAGGCGCAAGACGGAAGCCCGGUCAAAAGAAAGUCGUCGUCAUCAUCCUACCAGCGUCAGGAAGCUUGCAUGAUGGCAGACGCUCAAGCUGAGCUCUCCCAGGCGCAAGGCGAGGCAGAGCCAGGGCGUGAGGAGCCGGCCCAGCCCUGUCGGCCCACUAGCCUGUGUGAACCACAGCAGCCCCUCAGCCCAGAGAACCACCUGGCGCCCACCAAGCCACCAAGCCUCACAGCACCAGACUCUCCCCUGUCCUUGGUUGUUGCUCGCGAGGACCCCAUGGCAGGGAUGCUUGCUCUGCUGGCUGCCAGCGAGAUGGCUGAGGCCAGGGCCCCUGAGGAUGAGGGCUGGGUCGACAGCAGUGUGGCGGGAGCUCUGGAGCUGGUGGCGCUUGAGGGGAUGGCCAUGCUCAGCCAAAUGGGCCAGCAAGAGACGGAGAAAGAUCUGGGCCUGGGCACUCUGGAUUGUCUGCUCCAAGCCAGUCGACAUAUUCUCUUGGAGGCCAUAGAGCAGCAGUCGCACAUCCACUUACCGCGGAUGCUUGACCCAGACAAGAAGUACAGCUGGAGGCAGAAGAAAGAGGAGCCGAUGUACAGCAAACUGUCCGUGGAGGUUCUGGACGCUGAGGAGGUGGAGCACCGCGUCCGCUUGGCUGAGCUGCAGCGCAUGUACAAGGAGAAGCAGAGGGAGCUGAGCCGACUGCAGAGGCGGCGAGACCAGCCCGAGCGCCAGGACGACGAGAGGCGGAGCUUGACCAGGCGAGGCAGAGGGCGACCUCGGAAAAGGAAACACCUGACCACGCCCACCAAACUGGACCCUCGCCCCGGAAAGGUCGGAAGAUCAGUGCAAUACUCUGAGGACUCUGAGAACGGAGAAGGGCUGAAGAAGAAGUUUCGGGCGUCUCGAGAAGAGGAGGAGCUGGAGAGUGCUUUGAAGAAGAAGAAGAAGAAGAAGAAAAAGAAGAGUUGGAUGGACCCUGAGGCCUCCACCAGCCACGCUUCAGAGGCUUCAAAGUCCAAACGGGGCCACAUGUGUGAGCAGGAGCAGCUGGCCUCUGACCUCAGCAGGGCGCUGUCCCUGUCGCAGCUCUGCUCGCUCGGUGCCACUCAUAAACUGGCCCCGAGCUCCAAAGCAGACCGACCGAAAGAGAUGUCACGAGAGCGCAGCGCCCACUCUUCGGCCAAAGCAGCCAAGGGCAAGACCUCAGCCAAGACCUCCAGCUCCGAAGUCGCCCACCGGGCCAAGGCUCAGAAGAAGACGGCCGUGUUCUCCCCGACGAGAUCAGAGCUGAGCAGCUGCUCCAACAACUCGGACUCCGAGGAGCACACCGGAGAGGGCUGGUCCUCUCUCUCGGCGCCACAUUCCCACGGCAGCCUGACCCGGAAGCGGUCGCCAGCAUCGCUGCUGUCCACACAGAAGUCUCCCAGGAAGAAACACAAGCACUUAUCCCUGCUGCUGGAGGAGGCGGGCCUCAGCUCCUCGGACGACUCGUUCGACCAAGACACCACCACCACCUCCUCGGAGGAAGAGGACGAUGGUGAUGAGGAAUCGAACUCUGAGGACGGCGACUGCGAGGAGAGCGGCCUGGGGCUGCUGGCACGCUUUGCGGCGAGCGUCCUCCCUGUCGCUUCGCCUUCUUUGAGCCUCCUUUCGGAGAGCAAGCAUCGCAGCAAGUCCAGCACCAUUGGUUCGCCAGAACGGGAGUGGUCCGAUUCGGGCUCCGACCUGAGGCUGAGGAAGUUCCCGUCUCUGCUGCAUGGCAAACGAUCUGCGCCGGAGCUCCCCCUGCUGCCGCCAGCGACCCGCCGCGUCGACCAAAGCAGUCCGGUCAAGCGCGAUGACCCCCUGCCAGCCAAGCGCAAGUCCCUGCCCAAGCCCCGCCCCUCGCCCAAGUCGCCGAGCCGAUUCAGCUUUGACCUGUCCACGGGCUCUGGGUUCGGAGGCUUCAGCGAGGAUGAGGCGUGGCACCGCCGCCGCAGCGAGCGCAUCUUCCUGCACGAUGCCUCCAGCGCCGCCACGCCAGCAUCCGGCUGCCAGAGGUCCUCUGCCAGCACGGCAGUGGCGCUCACUCCCAAACCCACCCCGAGACCCAAACCCAGCCCACCUGGUCGAGACGGGAAAGAUUCGGUGAAAAAGAAGAAGGUGAAAGUAUGUCUGUCGCCGGGGGCGUCGCCCGCCGUAUGCAGCCCCGCCUCCGAUGCCGCUGCCGCCGCCCAGAGUCUCAGCACGACGCGCAAGAGCCAGCAGAGGCCGGCGAAGCCCAAGGCCAAAGAGGCUCUCUCCUGCCAGGCUGCCCGUGGCGCCGUCAGCCGCCUGAUGGAGAGCAUGGCAGCGGAUGAAGACUUCGAGCCCAAUCAGGACAGCAGCUUCAGCGAGGACGAGCUCCUGACGGAGCGAGCGCCCACCCCAGCUGCGGUGCAGUGCGUGCUGGACAAGGACUCCCUGCUGGAUGGGCUCCGCGUCCUGAUCCCCAUGGACGACCAGCUGCUGUACGCCGGACACGUCAACACUGUCCACUCCCCUGACAUCUACAGCGUGGUGGUGGAGGGCGAGCGAGGGAACCGGCCGCACAUCUACUGCCUGGAGCAGCUUCUGCAGGAAGCAAUCAUUGACGUCAAGCCUCCGUCUGCGCGCUGCCUCCCGGAGGGUACUCGCAUCGCCGCCUACUGGAGCCAGCAGUACCGCUGCCUCUACCCUGGCACCGUGGUCAACGGAAGUUCCGAUGUCGACGACAACGAUGAUCUGAUCACGGUGGAGUUUGACGACGGCGACACCGGUCGCAUCCCGCUGUCUCACAUCCGCCUGCUCCCACCAGACUACAAGAUCCACUGUGCCGAGCCCUCACCGGCGUUGCUGGUCACCAGCUGCUCCCGGAGGAGGGUCCGCAAGUGCAGCAAAGAUGCCGGUCAGAAGGCAACGGACGACGCUCCCAAGGUCAAAGGGAAGCCAGGACGGAAGCCCAAACCCAAGCCAGAAACGCCCGUGAGUCCAGACCACCAGGUGAAGGCGGAGUCUCCACGGAGUCCCUCGGCAGAGAGACCCCAGGACCCAUCCAAACCUGCGCAGGAGAAACCUCGCCCUGCCUCCCGGCCCAGCGUGGCCCGGAAGAACUCGGUGUCGUCUGCCGGCAGCAGUCCUGGGCUUCCUACUCCAGGAGCGAGGAGGUCCGGCCCACCUCCGCCCGCCCUCUACCCUUCCACUUACGGGAAGGUCCUGACGGUGGACCUGUACAGUGAGCCAAACAUCAGCACCUACGGGCUUAGCCGGGACCAUGGGCUCGGCCCGUCCUCCAACAGGCCCCUGUCCAAAGCCAAGUCUUCGUCCGAGCACCGCAGGUCUCUUAGCACCGGCCCUCUCUCCACUUCCAGGAUGCCCCUGAGCAAGCCCGGCUCCUCGUUCCGACUGAAGAUGCCCUCAGAGCAGCUGAGGACCUUCUCCAAACACAAGGCCAGCCUGCCGCCCGUCGACUCUCUGCCGAGGAGGAAGCCUCCACCGCCACCGGCAGAGCCACUGGUGAAGCUGGACCAUGAAGGCGUCACGUCACCCAAAACCAAGAAGACCAAAGCUCUGAUGCUGCUGGAAGGUGGAGGGGUCAGGCGGGACCCCGCCCCCACUCCAUCCAGCCACAAAGUCAUCAGGUCCAGCCCAGCGGAGAGAGAGAGAGAGGGCGGCCGGGGGGAGAAGGACUUCCCCUUCAAGGCACAAAUGAUGACGAAGGAGAAAGCCGAGACUCGUGGCAGAGUCCCGGAGUCCAGUGUGAGGGAGGAGAAGAAGAAGACGGAGGUGGAGAGGAAGAUCAAGGAGGAAUCCCACAGCAGCAGCAGCUCCGAGUCGGAGGAGGAGUCUGGCAAAAGGAAGCGGAAAAGGAAAUGCACCUCCAGCUGCUCUUCCUCAUCGUCGUCCUGCUCCGGCUCCUCUUCCUCUUCCUCUUCUUCAUCCUCAUCCUCCUCCUCGUCCUCCACCGAUGACUCCUCCUGUAGCUCUGACGAGGAGAGGACCCCGACUCCUCCACCCUGCCCCGCCACCCCGCCCCCAGUUCAGGAGAAACUGAAGGACGAGAUCAAGGAGGAGAAAGAGGAGGAGGUGAAGAAAGAGUUGGAGGUCAAAGUGGAAGAGGAGGAGCCGCCCCUGCUCUCCAACUCUCCAACUUCUCCCAGUGUUUCUGCCAAACCUGCCAGCGGUAAAGGCUCCGGUCAGAGGGGCCGGCCGCCGAAGCCAAAGUCUAGCAGUGGAGAGGGGAAGGUGGGGAGACCCAAGCGGAGGGAGGGGGUCCACCUGCCCACGACCAAGGAGCUGGCCAAACGUCAGAGGCUCCCCAGCGUGGAGAACCGACCCAAGAUUUCCGCCUUCCUGCCCGCCCGCCAGCUGUGGAAGUGGUUCGGCAAACCCACGCAGAGGCGCGGCAUGAAGGGGAAGGCCAAGAAGCUAUUCUACAAGGCCAUUGUCCGCGGCCGGGAGAUGAUCCGCAUCGGCGACUGUGCCGUUUUCCUGUCCGCCGGCCGACCCAACCUGCCGUUCAUCGGCCGCAUCCAGAGCAUGUGGGAAUCCUGGGGCAGCAACAUGGUGGUGCGGGUGAACUGGUUCUACCACCCCGAGGAGACCAACCCUGGCAAGAAGCUGAUGGACAAGAAGCACUCUGCUCUCCAGAACUGGGAGCACAUGUGCGGACAGUCCCUGCCUUCGCUGAUGCACUCGUCCAUCCAGAGGAAGGACUUCAUGGAGCGCGCCCUGUACCAGUCAUCCCACAGCGACGAGAAUGACGUGCAGACGGUCAGUCACAAGUGCCUGGUGGUCAGCGUGGAGGAGUACGAGGCCAUGACGCACACGCGGCGCUACGCAGACAGCGAGGACCUCUACUACCUGGCCGGCACCUACGAGCCCACCACCGGCAUGAUCUUCAACACGGACGGCGUCCCGGUCAUCUGCUGAGCGCGGCCAGCAUGAGUGAGCCGCCCGUGAGCCGAGACAGGCGGCGACACCCUUCUGUUCACGUCGCCACGAGCUUGAACCAACUGUGAACGGUGACGCAGGCGUGCAACCUUGUGAUUAUGAUGUUGCCAUGGUGAUGUUACAGUCAUGUUACAGUCCAAUAUAUAAAUAUAUAUAUACACAUAUAUAUAUAUAUAAAUGUAUCUACAGAACAGCAGGAGCGACUGGAGGUCACGCACAGAGGGAGGGGCGGAACCUCCUUUGCUGUCCAACAGAGAGCACUUAAUGAGUCCCUGACAAUCCCAGCCCCACUGACCCUCAGGCUGAAGAGAGAGGAAGGAAUCCCGGUCAUGGUGUCGGGCAGAGACGUCCACCCGCCGUGCCGCACGCUAGCAUCUCACUACAGUGGUCUGCAGUUCAGCACUUUGCACAGUCGAGGAGAAUCACGGGAGACAGGGCCACCACAGCAACACUAUCCUGCUGCAGCGGGUGGACACGUCCUGUCCAGGAGGUGCGAACAUGCCGCCCACUCCUCCGGCCUCACGCCGCCGCCCAGAUACUCUCCACCAGCACGGCAGCGCUGGCUGCAGGAGGAAGGGGGCGUGGCACUCUGCUCCUCGCCGUCUAUAGUGUUCACACCUCCUUUGUCUUCGUUUGUCUUUUCAUUCGCUGUCCAACAUUCUUCACCCUCCUGAAGCACAUUUCACUGCUGUUUGUGACCAACCAGGUGUCUGGUUUGUCGUCUUCCAAGAGAGAACACACACACACACACACACUGCUUGUACUUUUUUCUCGUGCCUCCGUUGAUGUGGUUAGUUGUGAAUGUUGCUCAGGAGAGCUUGGGUGGCCUUUCUUUGAUGAUGAUGAUGAUGAUGAUGAUGAUGGUCAGCCAAAUCUCGCCAGAUCGCAGCUGCUUGUUGGCGCAGAAUGUCCGCGGUAACACCGCGCUGAAGAUUGUUCCCCAUUUACUCCUUUCUGGAGCUCCUUCCUUCCCAGACCGAGCCGUGGACUACGUCAGCCCAGUGUAUCGAAACAGUGCAAUCGGAGAGGCGUUUCUCGUGACAGCUAAUGCUAAGUGCUAAAACGACUCGAUCGCAUAUUGUGUUUUUGUUUACUUGUUUAGAAAACUGACUUUAAAAAGUAGCGGCUGUGUGAGUGCUAACGGCGGCUGCUAGCAUGUUCUCGAUACUCACACUUCAUUUCAAGUUUUUUUUCCCCCAACUACACAGAGUAUUUAUCGUGUGACAGCUUAGCUUCACGAUGGAAAGGAUGUGUGUUCAACGGAUGACAGAAGUUGCAUUUGUUUGCUUUUAGGAAGCUAACUGUUUUUAGCAUUAGCUUUUGGUCGUGCUAAAUUAUCUCCAGUUUCUCUGAAUUAAAUCAUCCUCUGAAAAUGAAGGCGCUUCAUUGAGCUCAGAGAAGGUGCUGACCAGGGUCCUUCAGCAGCCGCGAGUCUCCAGACUGAACCUCUCAGUCUUAGUUUGAACCACCGAGUCACCAGGGGCAGCUGAUCCACAGCGUUGUGUUGCUUCUGGCUGCGUCUGCUUGGCGGUAGCUGCACCUCCAUGCUGCUGUUCAAGUGCCCGUUCUGAAUGUUUGUUUACCCCCAGCUGCCCAAGCACUUUGUUCUGUGUCCUCGCCGCCGGACACACACACACACACACACACACACUCGCACCUUUCUGAUAUUUCAGGUGUGGUGUUGCCUUUAGAUCCCAAUAUCCCACUUGUAUCUCUUUCCCUGUGGGGACCUGUCAUGGCCAUCACCCUUUCCCCGGCUUCUCCCCCAAACACAUGGCUCACCUGAACCAAACUGAGACGCAGUUAUCGUGACGUUUCCACCCUCUAAACUCAUAUGUGGACCUGCCAAAAUGUGCUUGUCUAGUGUCUUGUCCAAGACUGAUCCACACAAGAAUACUGAUACGCGUACACACACUUGCAGACAGGGUCCAACACAAACGCGCUGUUCUGUCCUGAAUGUGUCAUUGCUCCGAGGCGUCUGCUUCCCCUCUCGAAGCAACGGUCUGGUCGCUCUGGGGCCGGGCCCUGGGAGCCCGCUGCUGGGGAGAGCGAGAGAGAGCGAGAGAGAGCGAGAGAGAGGUGGACUGGAGGCUGGUUCUUCGUCUGCUGUUCCUCAGUAUCGUGAUCGUCCUGUUACAGAUGAAAGGUUAUUUUGAGAAUAUAAAUCAUCUACGUUUUGUAAAUGGUCCUUCUGAGCGAAGGCAGAGCUAUGAGAAUCUACUUUGUACACACACACACACACGCACGCUCGUCUUCUCCGGUGAGCACAGGCCGGAGCUCGCACUUCUGUCGCCCCAAACUCUUGGUGUAAGUUUUUUUUACAGACCCGUUUACCAGUGUUUCCUUUCGGUUGUUUUAGUAACUCAAUAUUUUAUAGUCGAUCAAUAAAGAGAUGGAACUGUCCUGCGUCUGCUGUCUGUUUCCUGGCCCUGGACUCCGCCGGGGCCGGUCCGGACCCUCCUCCAGGGGCAGGUGUGUGUGAGAGAGAGCCAGCAGCAGCACUGCUCCGUAGCCUUCCGUGACCGACACACACUGUCUCACACACCGCCGUGCUCUGCAGCCUCUCAUCCUCCAGUGGGUGUGUGUGGAUGCUGCACUGUGAUUGGCUGACGGCACCACUGCAGCCUUCUAUUGGAGGAGAGCAGAGGGUGUGCGUUUGGACGUGUGCUCCAGUUCAGACACAGGACAGGGCCCCUGGAGGGCCGUCACGGGCCCGCCUCACACGUGGCUGCUGGGUUCAGAAACACUGUUGUUGAGAACUACAUUUAUCAAGUUAUAUCAAGGUCUGAAAUGUGUUUCCUUGUUAUGACGUCAUGGUGCGCAGGCUCGUGCGUCCAUUGGGUUGCACAGCAUCCCUUACUGCUCCGUUUGGGUUUUAUAUCAUGUUUUCUCUUUUAAUAGCGAGAUAUAAAAAACAGAAGUUAAUAUUUGAAAUGAUAUGUUAUAUAAUUGUUAAUAAAGAUGCAAAUAAAAAUAACUGAGAUGGUGAACAAUAUUUUCACCCAGAAGCUCUUAAAUAUAUUGGGCCCAGACAUGGAUGCGAUUCAAUGAAGA